GUACUUGCCGGCGCCAUGCCCAGAGUUUUCGCGGCAUCCAGGUAUUGGAACGGAUGCAUGUGCACAGCCCAAGCAACGGACACCCGAGGCCACAGCGACAAGCAUCCCGACUUCAGCGGAGUUUGGCGACUGGAACGCACUGAAAACCUCAGCGACUUCAUGCAGGCAAUUGGCUACAAUUUCCUCCUCGCCAAGGCUGCCGGCCUCGCUCGCGUGAAGCAGACGAUCGAGCAGAAGGAGACGGAGCUGCGCUUCGUCUUCGAGGUGAAUCCUCCGCUGCUCUCACCCCGGCGAGAGUCCGUGGUGCCUAUCGGAGCCCCAGAGGUCCUAAUGAGCGACGAUGCGGGCCGGGACAUGCUUCUGCU